AUGACCGAGAGUGCCAAUGCUCUACGGCAAGAAUCAAAGCUGGCCGAAACAUUUGACGAUGCGACCGCAAAAAAGUACGAAACUCUGCUGGAGAAGAAGUGGACGUCAGUGGUACGAUUGCAGAAGAAGAUAAUGGAUCUGGAGGCCAAAAACGCAUCUCUGCAGCAAGAAGUAGACACAGCAACACCCCUAUCAUCCAGUCGGAAACUGGACCCAUCUACCUGGCUACCACGAAGCCCCGCCAGGCACACAUUGCAGGGACACCGUUUGCCCGUCACAUCAGUCGCAUUCCAUCCGGUCUUUUCCUCCAUGGCCUCGGGUUCCGAAGAUGCUACCAUAAAGAUCUGGGACUGGGAGUUAGGAGAACUAGAGCGAACGCUGAAGGGCCACACCAAGGCCGUCUUGGACCUGGACUUUGGUGGUCCGCGGGGAGGCACACUAUUGGCUAGUUGCAGCUCCGAUCUGACCAUCAAGCUCUGGGAUCCAAGUGACGAAUACAAGAACACGCGGACAUUGCCCGGACAUGACCACUCGAUCUCGUCCAUCCGCUUCAUACCUUCGGGGGCCGCGGGCGCACCACUGUCUGGGAAUACUCUGGUAUCUGCGUCACGAGACCAGACACUGAAGAUCUGGGACGUCACAACGGGCUACUGUUUGAAAACACUUAAAGGUCACACGGAUUGGGUCCGGUCGGUGACGCCGUCGAUUGAUGGCCGAUGGCUGUUGAGCGCGGGCAACGAUCAGAUACCACGACUGUGGGAUGCCAAUACCGGCGAAGCCAAAAUCACCUUUCUCGGGCACGAGCACUACCUUGAAUGCGUGGCCUUUGCACCAAGCACGGCAUAUGUGCACUUGGCGGCAAUUGCUGGCUACAAAAAACCACCUCCUUCGGCAAGCACAGGCGAGUUUUUGGCGACGGGAGGUAGAGACAAAAUCAUCAAAAUCUGGGACAACCGAGGCACUUGCCACAAGACAUUGGUUGGUCACGACAACUGGGUCCGGGGCCUAGUGUUCCACCCUUCGGGCAGAUAUUUGCUUUCGGUGUCGGAUGAUAAGACAAUACGAUGUUGGGACUUGUCACAGGAGGGGAAGUGCGUCAAGGUCGUGGAUGGAGCCCACCAGCACUUUAUCAGCUGCAUUCGCUGGGCGCCGGACGUGCCCGGGCAGCCGACUGUCAAUGGCGAGUCCAAUGGGACGGUGAAUGGCACGAAAAAGGAGGACGCUGCAGGCGGUGGCAAGAUCCGGUGUGUGCUUGCGACCGCCAGUGUCGACCAGAAUGUACGAGUAUUCGCUGGCUGA